AUGUCCGAGCCUAUAACGGGGCAGAGUGUGGGUAUCGAUUUGGGUACGACGUACUCGUGCGUGGGUGUGUGGCAAAACGACCGAGUGGAGAUCAUAGCUAACGACCAGGGCAAUCGUACCACUCCGUCAUACGUAGCAUUUACCGAUACUGAACGUCUAAUUGGAGAUGCUGCCAAGAAUCAGGUGGCAAUGAAUGCACACAACACGGUAUUCGACGUCAAACGGUUGAUUGGUCGCAAGUUUGCCGAUUCCGAGGUACAAUCGGAUAUCAAGCACUGGCCGUUCAAAGUCGUUUGUGGUCCUGAAAACAAGCCUCAAGUGGUGGUGCAAUUCAAAGGCGAAUCAAAAACUUUUCAGCCUGAGGAGAUUUCAUCGAUGGUGCUCAUUAAGAUGCGUGAGAUUGCCGAAGCAUUUAUCGGUAAACAAGUGAGAAAUGCAGUUGUGACGGUUCCAGCAUAUUUUAAUGAUUCGCAACGUCAGGCAACCAAAGAUGCGGGUGCAAUUGCUGGUUUGAAUGUGCUUCGAAUUAUCAAUGAACCAACUGCUGCGGCAAUCGCGUAUGGACUGGACAAGAAAGGAGGCGAGCACCAUGUGUUGAUUUUUGAUCUCGGAGGUGGAACGUUUGACGUUUCACUUUUGACUAUUGAAGAAGGUAUCUUUGAAGUCAUGGCAACUGCCGGUGACACCCACUUAGGAGGAGAAGAUUUUGACAAUCGAUUAGUUGAGUAUUUUGUUGCGGAAUUUAAGCGCAAACAUCGAAAGGAUUUGUCGGUCAAUCAACGUGCUUUACGUCGUCUUCGUACGGCAUGCGAGCGCGCAAAGCGGACGUUGUCUACGUCAGCCCAGGCGUACCUCGAAAUUGAUUCGUUAUUUGACGGCAUCGAUUUUAACUCGACCAUUACACGAGCGCGUUUUGAAGAUCUUUGUGCUGAGUACUUUCGGAAGACCAUGGAUCCCGUGGCUCAAGUACUACGAGAUUCCAAGCUGUCCAAAAGUCAGGUGAAUGAAAUUGUUCUUGUAGGAGGUUCAACGCGAAUUCCAAAGGUGCAGCAAAUGCUGAUGGACUUUUUUAACGGCAAGGAUCUGUUUAAAUCGAUCAACCCAGAUGAGGCUGUAGCGUAUGGUGCUACAGUGCAGGCGGCAAUUUUAAGUGGAAGUGAGUCUUCUGCGAAAUUGCAAGACCUUUUGCUAUUAGACGUGGCGCCUUUGUCUCUUGGACUAGAAACUGCUGGUGGAGUUAUGACCAAGCUCAUUCCUCGCAACACGACAGUCCCGGCAAAGAAGAUGCAAUCGUUCUCAACAUAUACUGAUAACCAGUCUGGCGUGUUGAUUCAAGUGUUUGAAGGCGAACGGACUAUGACACGUGACAAUCAUUUACUGGGCAAAUUCAGUCUGGAUGGUAUUCCGCCUAUGCCGCGCGGUGUGCCUCAAAUUGACGUCACAUUUGACGUUGAUGUGAAUGGAAUUUUAAAUGUGUCGGCCGUGGAAAAGUCAACAGGAAAAGAAAAUAAGAUUACGAUAACGAAUGACAAGGGACGAUUAUCUCAGUCAGAAAUCGACCGAAUGGUUGCUGAUGCCGAUAAAUAUAAAGAUCAAGAUGAACGCAAUAAGCUGCGCAUCGAGUCAAAGAAUUCGCUAGAAAAUUUCGCAUUUUCUCUUCGUAGCUCAAUUAAUGAUGAAAAAGUGGUUGCGAAAAUUAGUGCAGAAGAUCGAAAGCUGAUUGAUGGUAAAGUGGCUGAAACGCUGCAGUGGCUGGAGGCAAACCAAGCGGCAGAAAAAGGGGAGUUUGAUGCUAAGCAGCAGGAGCUAGAGGGUGUGGCAAAUCCUAUCAUGCAGAAGAUGUAUGCUGCAGAAGCUGGAACUGGUAUGGGAGGUAUGGGUAGAGCUGCGAAUGGUCCAAAAGGAGACAAGGCUCCAGAGGGGAACGCAGGUCCAAAGAUUGAGGAAGUGGAUUAA